AUAACAACAGCCCGAACUCAAGAACAACAAUGUGAAAAGUAAGGGAGAUUCCCAAAAAUUAGCCAAGUGGAAAGAAGCUUGAAUGAACAAACAAAAAAGAAAGUUUUUUGUCAGAGCUCGUUUCCAUUCGCCUAUCAUGACAAUAAUUAUUUGGUGGUGGUCUCGUAUCCCACUCUUCUUGCUCAGCCCACACCGGCCGGACACAAAUUAAGCGCUGCUUUUACGGUACAGAGCACUAUUGUGGCUGCAAGUAGGUUUUCGCGUUUUGGGAACAGUCAACAACAAGAGCACUCGUUGAAUAUCGUUUUUACCAUGUGUUGAUGAGGGAGGUGACGCUAAACAGUCGGACAGAAACAGCGCUCAUUGUUGGAGCAGCGGCUUGGGAAGCUGAAACAAGAAGAAAAAUAAUAUCCAAGCCCUGCAUCAUCGAUUCCGGGGAAAACUGCGUAUCGAGAGCUCCCAGGCCCCAUAUAAAUCCCUGGUGCUCUCGAUCACCAGGAUUAUGGACCAGCAGCCACCGCGUCUCUCGCGCUUCUCUUGCACAAGAUCCAUGCACACCCUGCAACUUCAGGUUUAGGCUCAGCAGGGAAGAGAAGCUUCUUCAGGGAAUACAAGGCCAACCACACAUCCGAUAUGCUGUUUCUCCGAGCUUCAUUCACCUUUCAAAGAAGCUCAUGAAGGCCCGAGAAAAAGCAUUCUCUCAAAACGCCCAGAAUCCACACCUUCGUCCACCACUGAAGUAAGGUGCACACGUCCGUAUCGGCUAAUAUCUCCUUGGACGGGGAUAUUCCGCGUCGUGUCCUUGGCCAGCGAUAUACUAAAUGGGCAAGGGCGCGAGAAUUAUCGAUUUUUUUUAUUUUUUUAUUUCUUUUUUCGACAGUGCCGUUAGCUCGCUGCCUUGGUUCUGUUCCCGGAAGUUAUGCACGCCACAAAGCCACCAUGUGAGAAGUGGGGUCUGGAGGUUGGAAUUGGCGCGCUUUUUUACCCAACCAUGGGGCCGAUGGCGUGGACCGACCGUCAUGAAUAUCGGAGCCUGAAACAAGCUCAAGAGCGAAACGCAGAGCAGCUCUGUCGGAGGAAGGAAUUGACGUUAGUCUGUGAAUUGAAACUCAGGGUUAGUUACUAUAGUCACAUGUUUGUUUAUAUUUUUAACCGAGUACAAUAUGCACAGGUACUGUACAACGAAUCAGCGAUACUUUAGAGCGAGCGGGUAUUUACAUAACUCAUAACUCCGACGGAAACUCACAAAAUAAAUAAAUAAAAAAAAAAAAAAAAAAAAAAAAAAAAA